CGCCUCCCCUGCGGAGCUCCGGGGGCAGACGCGCGGGCCCGAGGCCGGCCCCGGAGGGCGACCGCGCCGCUCCUGCCGCCCUCGGCGCUGCCGGAGGGUGGAUGCGCGCGGACCGCCGCCGCUGAAGCCAGGCCCGAGGCUCACAGGGACCGAUCGGAGCCCAGAGGGGCCGGACUGAGAGCAUGGACAGAGAGCUGCGCGCCGCGGCGCGCCCAGCGCUACGGCGGUGGCUGCUGCUGGGGGCCGUGACCGUGGGGCUGCUGGCCCAGAGCGUCCUGGCGGGUGUGAAGAAACUGGACGUGCCUUGUGGAGGCAGAGACUGCAGCGGGGGCUGCCAGUGCUACCCCGAGAAAGGAGGGCGGGGCCAGCCAGGACCGGUGGGCCCCCAGGGGUACACCGGGCCCCCUGGGCUACAGGGGUUCCCAGGACUGCAAGGCCGCAAAGGAGACAAGGGCGAAAGGGGGCCCCCCGGGAUCACAGGCCCGAAGGGAGACGUGGGACCAAGAGGUGUUUCGGGAUUCCCUGGUGCCGACGGAAUUCCCGGCCAUCCCGGGCAAGGCGGACCCAGAGGACCUCCAGGGUAUGAUGGCUGCAACGGGACCAUGGGCGACUCGGGCUACGCAGGACCCCCGGGCCCCGGUGGCUUCCUCGGGCCCCGCGGGCCCCAAGGACCGAAAGGGCAGAAAGGCGAGCCCUACGCUCUGUCCUCAGAGGACCGCGACAAAUACAGGGGGGAACCUGGAGAGCCCGGACUGGUCGGCUUGCAGGGGCCUCCCGGCCGCCCUGGGCCCGUGGGACAGAUGGGUCCGGUUGGAGCCCCAGGAAGACCGGGACCACCUGGACCCCCUGGACCCAAAGGACAGCCAGGCAACCGAGGACUUGGUUUUUAUGGAGAAAAAGGCGAAAAGGGAGACAUGGGGCUGCAGGGACCCGGCGGGAUUCCACCAGACAACGGUUACGUCGAGAAGCCCACGCCGGCAUACGAGCUUCUCCCAGAGCAGUAUAAGGGUGAAAAAGGAAGCGAGGGAGAACCCGGGAGAAUAGGCAUCUCCUUGAAGGGAGAAGAAGGCGUCAUGGGCUUCUCGGGACCACGGGGUGCCCCCGGCUUCGACGGUGAGAAGGGCUUGCCAGGAGAGAAAGGAAGCAGAGGACUGGACGGGUACCAAGGCCCUGACGGAUUGCCAGGACCCAAGGGAGAAAUGGGCAACCCAGGCCCCCCCGGCCUCCCGGCCUACUCCCCGCAUCCUUCCGUGGCCAAAGGUGUCAGAGGUGAGCCGGGAUCCCCAGGAGCCCCCGGGGAGCCAGGAGCCCGCGGGGAGCCAGGAGACCCCGGUCUGCCAGGCCGGCCGGGCACGACCAUCGGAGACGAAGAUGAGAAGAGAGGCUUGCCGGGCGAGAUGGGACCCAAAGGCUUCACAGGAGAACAGGGUUUCCCCGCGCUGUACCCCGGCCCCCCGGGGGCCGAUGGGAAGCCAGGGCUCCGGGGUCCCCCCGGGCGCCCAGGACCGCCCGGCCCAGACGGUUUUCUGUUCGGCCUGAAAGGAGCAAAAGGAAUUGGGGGCUUCCCGGGCUCCUCCGGGUUCCCAGGGGCUCGUGGACAGAAAGGAUGGAAAGGUGACGCCGGCGACUGUAAGUGUGCAGAUCAGUUCAUCAGGGGUCCUCCAGGACUGCCAGGACCCAAGGGCUUUGCAGGUGCCAACGGGCAGCCUGGCAGUAAAGGCAGCCAAGGAGACCCCGGCCCGCACGGCAUCCCCGGGUUCUCCGGGUUCAAGGGAGCCCCUGGUAACGUCGGUCCCCCCGGGCCCAAAGGGAUGAAGGGAGACUCCAGGACCAUCACCACCAAAGGUGAGCGGGGCCAGCCAGGCAUCCCAGGCGUGCCAGGGCUGAAAGGUAGCGACGGCAUCCCAGGACCACCUGGGCUCGAUGGGUUCCACGGGCUCCCGGGCCCUCCCGGCGAUGGCAUCAAAGGCCCCCGAGGGGACGUGGGCCAACCAGGAGCCCCCGGCACAAAGGGCCUUCCAGGGGAGAGGGGCCCCUCAGGACUGGGCCUGCCAGGCCCCAAAGGCGAGCGCGGCUUCCCCGGCGAUGCUGGAUUGCCCGGACCACCAGGCUUCCCGGGGCCUCCCGGCCUCCCCGGUGCUCCAGGACAGACCGAUUGUGACUCGGGUGUGAAAAGACCCAUCGGAGCAGACGGACAGGAGACCAUCCAGCCAGGUUGUGUUGGAGGACCCAAGGGAUCCCCAGGCCAGCCUGGUCUCCCCGGCCCCCCAGGUGCCAAAGGCCUCAGAGGAGUUCCAGGAUUUUCAGGAGCCGAUGGAGUGCCAGGGCUCAAGGGUCUCCCAGGAGAUCCAGGUCGAGAGGGAUUCCCAGGACCCCCAGGGUUCAUGGGACCCCGUGGCUCCAAAGGCGCAGUGGGCCCCCCCGGCCUGGAUGGACUCCCUGGCGCCUCCGGCCUACCGGGGCCAGUUGGGCCCCCAGGGGACAGGGGCCUUCCUGGAGAAGUGCUGGGGGCCCAGCCCGGGCCCCGGGGAGACUCUGGACUGCCUGGACGCCCCGGACUGAAGGGCCCUCCCGGAGAGAGAGGCCCACCUGGCUUCAGGGGAAGCCAGGGCAUGCCAGGGAUGCCGGGCCAGAAGGGCCAGCCAGGCUCCCUGGGAUUCUCGGGCCAGCCGGGACUGCCAGGGGCGCCAGGACAGCACGGCUUCCCAGGAGCGCCUGGCCGGGAGGGGCCCCUGGGGCCCCCGGGUGCCCCCGGCUUUGAAGGUCUGCCUGGAGACAGAGGGGAGCCAGGGGACACUGGCGUCCCUGGCCCCGUGGGCAGGAAGGGCGGCUUUGGGGACAGAGGCGACCCUGGGCAGCAGGGAGAGAGAGGUCACCCUGGACUCCCCGGAUUUAAAGGAGUGUCUGGAAUGCCUGGUACCCCGGGACUGAAAGGGGGCAGGGGCUCCCCCGGGAUGGACGGCUUCGAAGGCAUGCUCGGCCUCAAGGGCAGACCCGGGCUCCCGGGAAUCAAAGGAGAGGCAGGGUUUUUCGGAAUUCCGGGGCUGAAGGGCCUGGCUGGUGAGCCGGGUGUGAAAGGCAGCCGAGGAGACCCUGGGCCCCCAGGACCGCCCCCCAUCAUCCUGCCCGGAAUGAAAGACAUCAAAGGAGAAAAAGGAGACGAAGGCCCCAUGGGACUGAAAGGAUAUCUGGGCCUGAAAGGCCUUCCCGGAAUGCCAGGCAUCCCUGGGCUGUCGGGAAUCCCGGGGCUGCCCGGGAGACCUGGCCACAUCAAAGGAGUCAAAGGAGACACUGGCGUCCCCGGCGUGCCCGGCUCCCCAGGGUUCCCUGGCGUGCCCGGCUCCCCCGGAGUCAUGGGGUUCCAGGGCUUCACGGGCAGUAGGGGUGACAAGGGUGCUCCCGGGAGAGCAGGCCUCUUCGGCGAGGUUGGCGCAACCGGUGACUUCGGCGACAUCGGAGACACGAUAGAUCUGCCCGGGAGCCCGGGCCUGAAGGGGGAGCAGGGCACCACCGGAAUACCAGGUCGAAAGGGAUUCCUCGGCGAGAGAGGCACUGAGGGUGAUGUCGGCUUUCCGGGAAUCACCGGCCUGGCUGGAGUCCAGGGACCCCCUGGAUUCCAAGGGCAAAAAGGCUUUCCAGGACUCACAGGGCUCCAGGGGCCUCAGGGAGACCCGGGACGGGCCGGAGCGCCUGGCAUCAAAGGAGACUCUGGCUGGCCGGGGAACCCAGGCUUACCAGGUCUGCCCGGCCUCCGAGGCAUUAGCGGAUUGCACGGUUUGCCAGGCAACAAAGGCUUCCCGGGAUCCCCAGGUGCAGACGUCCAUGGGGACCCCGGAUUCCCAGGCCCUGCCGGGGACAAGGGUGACCCAGGGGAGGCCAACACCCUUCCAGGCCCCACAGGAGCCCCAGGACAGAAGGGCGAGCGUGGAGCCCCAGGGGAGCGAGGCCCACUCGGGAGUCCUGGACUUCAGGGCUUUCCAGGCAUCACCCCUCCCUCCAACAUCUCUGGGUCACCGGGGGACAUCGGCGCGCCCGGGAUAUUCGGCCUGGAAGGUUACCGAGGGCCCCCAGGGCCGCCCGGGCCUGCAGCUCUUCCCGGAAGCAAAGGUGAUGAGGGGAGUCCAGGAACCCCCGGAAACCCCGGGAUUAAAGGAUGGGUCGGCGACCCCGGGCCCCAGGGCCGGCCUGGCGUGUUCGGGCUCCCAGGAGGAAAAGGGCCCAAAGGGGAGCCAGGAUUCAUGGGCAACAUAGGCCCCACCGGGAGCCCGGGCGACCGAGGCCCCAGGGGACCCAAAGGAGACCGAGGACUCCCGGGUGCCCCUGGUGCCGUGGGGGCUCCAGGCAUCGCAGGAAUCCCCCAGAGGAUCGCGGUCGAGCGGGGGCCAGUGGGUCCACAGGGCAGGAGAGGCCCCCCAGGGGCUCAGGGGGAGAUGGGGCCGCAGGGCCCUCCCGGAGAACCAGGUUUCCGAGGGGCGCAGGGCAAGGCCGGGCCCCAGGGACGAGGCGGCGUGUCGGCCAUUCCCGGAUUCCGUGGAGACCAGGGGCCUGUGGGGCUGCAGGGACCGGUGGGCUUUGAAGGGGAGCCGGGCCGCCCCGGAAGCCCCGGCCUGCCCGGCAUGCCUGGCCGAAGCAUCAGCAUCGGGUACCUCCUGGUGAAGCACAGCCAGACCGACAAGGAGCCCAUGUGCCCCGUCGGCAUGAACAAGCUCUGGAGCGGGUACAGCCUGCUCUACUUCGAGGGCCAGGAGAAGGCCCACAACCAGGACCUGGGGCUGGCGGGCUCCUGCCUGGCACGGUUCAGCACCAUGCCCUUCCUGUACUGUAACCCCGGCGACAUCUGCUACUACGCCAGCCGUAACGACAAGUCCUACUGGCUGUCCACCACCGCCCCGCUGCCCAUGAUGCCCGUGGCCGAGGAGGACAUCCGGCCCUACAUCAGCCGCUGCUCCGUGUGCGAGGCCCCGGCCGUUGCCAUCGCAGUCCACAGCCAAGACGUCUCCAUUCCCCACUGCCCGGCCGGGUGGCGCAGCUUGUGGAUCGGAUACUCCUUCCUCAUGCACACGGCCGCCGGUGACGAAGGAGGCGGCCAGUCGCUGGUGUCGCCAGGCAGCUGCCUGGAGGACUUCCGCGCCACGCCGUUCAUCGAGUGCAACGGGGCCCGCGGCACGUGCCACUACUACGCCAACAAGUACAGCUUCUGGCUGACCACCAUCCCGGAGCAGAACUUCCAGGGCUCACCCUCUGCCGACACGCUCAAGGCCGGCCUCAUCCGCACGCACAUCAGCCGCUGCCAGGUGUGCAUGAAGAACCUGUGAGCGCCGGCCGGCCGGGCACGCCCCUUCCCCAGGCCGCGCGCUGUCCGGGGCCACUUUGGUGCUUAUUCUUAACUUAUUACCUCAAGACGCCAACCCCUAAAUUGACUGCAUUUUUUUUUUCUUUAAAAAACAAACCAAAAAGAGAAAAAGGUUACCAAAGGAAUUCAGCACCAGCAUUUGGACAAGAUAGGCCCUUGUCCCCUGCAGGCGCUGCCUGCGUCCCGCAGGCCUGCAGGACACCCUGCCCCCCAGCAUGGGAGGCCCUUCGCCUCCCGCUCAGGCCGUCCGGGACUGCUCCGCGCUCGGCGUCGCUGACGUCCCGCGACGCCCCCGUGUACUCACCGCGCUCUCAGCCGCCGCUGUUCACCCAUUUUCUGAACUCACUUAAGGGGGGUGUGGACGGAUGAGGCAGCUCAGCCCGCGGGCCCCGGGGGGUGGGCCGGCCCGGCUCUCUGAGCCCCAGGAUGCCGCACUGUGCCGGUGACGGGAAGGCUCCUCGUCCCCCGGGAGGGCCGACUGCGCCUCCUCGUGUCCGAAAAGCCGCUGCUGGUGGCGCCCCGGCCGGCACGCUUCCCACCACGUCCUUCCAGACCCUCGCGCCAUCCCCGGCGAGCCGGCAGGCUCCGUGCGGCCGGCAGAGACGCCCCCGCUGCCCCGGGCUGGCCUGAAGAUCCACACCCCGCGGUCUGUGCGCUGAACUGUACCCCUCUGACUACUGCUGCCUCUGUAACCAGCCCAGAAUAAAAGUUACUUUUCAACAUUUUUA